AUCCCUGGCAUGAUUCGCUCUCCGCCUCUGGCCCUCAGCGAUAAGAAGGGCGGGCUCAGGUAUAUAGCGGUAUGACACACCACCAACGGCCUCAACUCUGCUCCAAGUAACGACUGAUCCGCCUCGAGUUCCUUCCUACCUGCUGCGUUGUGAGAAGAUAUUCAUAAACAUCCUCCAAAAUGUGUGACGACGAAAUUGCAGCUCUGGUCGUAGACAACGGAUCCGGAAUGUGCAAAGCUGGGUUCGCCGGGGACGACGCCCCCCGAGCUGUUUUUCCAUCCAUCGUCGGAAGACCUCGCCAUCAGGGCGUGAUGGUAGGAAUGGGUCAGAAGGACUCCUACGUGGGCGACGAAGCCCAGAGCAAGAGAGGAAUCCUCACCCUCAAAUACCCCAUCGAGCAUGGCAUCGUCUCCAACUGGGACGACAUGGAGAAGAUCUGGCAUCACACCUUCUACAACGAACUCCGUGUUGCCCCAGAGGAACAUCCAGUUCUCCUCACAGAGGCUCCCCUGAACCCCAAGACAAACCGCGAAAAGAUGACACAAAUCAUGUUCGAAACCUUCAGUACACCCGCCAUGUACGUCUCCAUCCAGGCCGUACUCUCCCUGUACGCCUCUGGUCGUACCACAGGCAUCGUCAUGGACUCAGGUGACGGUGUAUCCCACACUGUCCCAAUCUACGAAGGGUAUGCCUUACCUCAUGCCAUUCUCCGUCUUGACCUUGCUGGUCGUGACCUCACGGACUACCUCAUGAAGAUCUUGACGGAGCGAGGUUACACCUUCACCACAACUGCCGAGAGAGAAAUCGUGAGAGACAUUAAGGAAAAACUCUGCUACGUCGCCCUCGACUUUGACGAGGAAAUGGAAACUGCGGCCCAGUCCUCUUCUUUAGAGAAGUCCUACGAACUCCCCGACGGCCAAGUCAUCACGAUCGGCAACGAGAGGUUCCGCUGCCCCGAGGCUCUGUUCCAGCCAGCCUUCCUGGGUCUGGAAAACAGCGGCAUCCACGAAACCACCUACACCUCCAUCAUGAAGUGUGACGUCGACAUCAGGAAGGACCUGUACGCCAACACCGUCCUGUCUGGGGGCACCACCAUGUACCCAGGCAUCGCCGACAGGAUGCAGAAGGAGAUGACGGCCUUGGCUCCCUCCACGAUGAAGAUCAAGAUCAUCGCUCCACCCGAGAGGAAAUACUCCGUGUGGAUCGGAGGUUCCAUCUUGGCCUCUCUCUCCACCUUCCAGCAGAUGUGGAUCAGCAAACAGGAGUACGACGAGGCUGGCCCAGCGAUCGUCCACAGGAAGUGCUUCUAAUUUUUUAUUCCGUUGACCAUUGACGUACACAAUAAAAAUUCUCUGAUAGGUUCUAAUUGCGUUUCGUUCUCUAAUAAAUAUUAUUUUUCUAAGAAUAAGUUUUGUUACUUGAUCCUCAUCGUGUGAGUUUUCAUCUUUGCUCUCCUUUGUUUCAAUAAAGUAAGAGUGUAAAUGAAAAGAUGAUACUAAAGUAUUUCAGUGAGACAUUUUUGCUCGUUGUACCUGAAUUUUUCUUUAAUGUUAAGUGAAAGGUACUAUACUGAGGCAAAAUCUGGCCGGUAUUGAAUUAUGAGUUGGCAGAGAAAUUGGCCCACACGUACCUCUAGUGGAGGCUUGGAACCCAUCAUAUACGAAAAGAACUCACAAUGCUUAGAAAGAGAAAACUUUGUACUACGACAACGUAACUCCUCAAGGGUUACAGUACCUGAUCAAACACACAUUUAGCGAAGCUCUAAUAUUCAGAGUAAUGAAAGAACUUGAUCUCUGUAUGAUUAAUAAAGAAAUCUGACCAUA